AUGGGAAUAAAAAUGCCAGAGUCCUCCUCACCGCGCGAAUCCUCUCCUGCAAACGGCGACAAUGUGACAUUGCCCGAUGCACCUCUUCUGGCGAAUGCUACUGGGAAUGCGUUGGGACCAGACAUGCAGGAUCAAUCCAAAGUUGCGCUCGAAGACCUUUUCGAUGACGAUGAUAGCGACCUCGAGGACGAAAUUUUGGCUUCCGAGGCAGCCAAUCUACCCUCCUCCCCUCCACAGACUGCUCCCAACUCACCAACAAAUGCUGCGUCUGUGUCUCAACAAGAAUCCUACUCAGAUCCUAACUUGAUGUUACAAUUCUAUUCACGAUUAUUCCCAUUCCGGUCAUUGUUCCAAUGGCUCAACCAUUCUCCCAAGCCGGGACCCGACUUUGCCAAUAGGGAGUUCGCCCUGACUCUCUCUAACGAUGCAUACCUUCGAUACCAAUCCUAUCCUACCGCAGACACUCUACGUAAAGAUAUUCUAAGGCUGAAUCCCUCGCGUUUCGAAAUCGGACCCGUGUACACCACAAAUCCGAGAGAUAGAAAGACAUUGAAGAAGAGCUCAAUGUUCCGGCCGUUGAGCAAAGAGAUAGUGUUCGAUAUUGAUCUGACUGAUUACGAUGACAUCCGGACGUGCUGUGAAAAGGCCAAUAUUUGUUCAAAAUGUUGGUCUUUUGCGACCAUGGCAAUUAAAGUCGUUGACGUCGCGCUAAGAGACGAUUUUGGUUUCGAGCAUAUUAUUUGGAUAUACUCAGGGCGUCGUGGUGUCCAUGCAUGGAUCAGUGACAAAGAUGCUCGAGAGCUGGAUGAUGACAAGCGAAAGGCGAUCACUGGCUACUUUGAGGUCUUGAAGGGAGGCGUACAAGGCGGCAAAAGAGUUAACCUCAAGCGUCCCCUACAUCCUCAUAUCACACGAAGCCUUGACAUCCUUCGACCAUAUUUCCAACAGGUUCUCGUCGACCAAGAACCCUUCAUGUCGCAGUCUGGGCAGGAUCGGCUGUUACAAUUGCUUCCCGACAAAACGCUGAACGAAGCAUUGGCCAAGAAAUGGGCGAGCAGCCCUAGUCGACCCAGUGCUCGGAAGUGGGCUGAUAUCGAUGCUUUGGCAGAAACGGGAGUCAGUAAGACGCUGAAUACCAAAGCGCUAUUGGAGGCUAAGCAGGACAUUCUUCUCGAAUACACGUAUCCCAGACUCGACGUGGAAGUCGGCAAGAAGCGCAUUCACUUGUUGAAAAGCCCUUUCGUUGUGCAUCCUGGAACUGGAAGAGUCUGUGUACCGAUCACCGCAGCUGGAGACAUGAAACGUGCCGAGGCUUUUGAUCCCCUUUCGGUUCCUAGGGUCAAUGAACUCCUCAAAGAGGUCGACGACUUCGGAAGUGGCGAUGAUACUGGGACUAUCAAUGGGUUUGUUGAGGACGGUGUCACGAUGAGGAAAUUGAGCGAUUGGGAGAAGACGAGGCUGAAGUCAUACGUCGAAUUGUUUGACAACCAUAUCAAAGCUCUCAUGAAGAGUGAAAUGGUUCGGGUCAAGCGAGAGAGAGAUGAUGACGGCGUUACAGGGGCAGAGGGAAUGGAUUUCUGA